GUGCGCCUCAGCUCGCAUUCUUUUCAGGUUUGCUUCUCGCUCACUCAGUCGUGUGCCUGCGAUCUUCUCCCUUCCAUUACUUUUUGUGGCGUCGCACACUCGCCCUGCAUUUAUUAUGUUUGCCUGAUCUCAUCCACACUCUUUUUUUUGGGCACUGAUUCCUGCACAUUCGUCUCUGCCCGCUGUUGUCGCUCAAUAUGGGGUCCUUGCCUGCGGAGUCUCGACCCUUGUCGUUCGCUGCCUUGAAGGCCAAAAAGGCCCCUCUCAGGAUUGCCACCAAAGUUGUCACUGUAAACUCAGCCGCGAAGCCUAUCGCCAAAUCUGUACCGUCUAUCUCAUCCUCCAGACCUACUGCCUCUCAGAAAACUCUCAGCAACGGACAUUCCCGUUCUGCGAGUACGCCUCGGAAGUCAAGCACUCCAGUCUCCGUGCGUUCAAGACAAGGCAGUGGAGAGCCGAUCGAACGGUUGAAGAAGGAAAGACAAAACCGGACGAAAAGAGCAUCUCCUGCCGUGUCGACGCCGAGAUUGACCAGUUCCGAUGACGAGAGCGAAGAGGACGAUGACAAGCCUAGAAAGCGGAUCCGUCUCGAUCGCAAAGAGAGCAUAGACGAGAAACGCAAGGUUAGGGAUCUCAAAGCAUUCUCCCAGGAAGAUGGCAUUGGCUUUCACAUGGUGCACGCCUUCGAUAUUGCGAACAGCGGUCUCAUCGAGCAUGGUCGAGACAAGUACGAGGCGUUCUUCACAGCCUUGGAAGGGGAUGAGGAUGAAUGUCCCACGAUCGAGCUUCAGUAUCCGACUUCUCUGCAGACCGAGAAAUACCAGUUGGUCAAACCUACGGACACUUCUGAUUUUAAACCCCUUGAUGAAAUUGAGGCAACCAUGAAAAUCGUCGCGGAAUACUAUCUCGACAGCGAGUCCGCGGAAAAAGUCACUAGCGACGAUGGCUCGGGCCUUGUACAACAGCUGCACCGGCAAGCCUUGCUUGGGAUGAGAGGGCGUGUUGGAGCCCAGUCGAAAUACGUCAACGUGGUGGAGAAAUUCAACGCACUGGUGGCUGACAAGCGCAAGGACGGUACGAUCGCAGAGAAACUGGAUCAGAUGCGCCGCGUCGAUCUCAGGUUGGUGGAGCACAUCAUCAAAAACCAAAUCUAUGCUCGGACAGUGUCGCCUCAAGUCAAUCUGGUCAGACAUUAUGAAAGCUUCUCCGACAAUGUCUAUGGAGAACUCUUACCCAAAUUUCUCAGUCGCAUAUUCAAAGAGACGAACCUCAGGUCCGAUCAGGUAUUUAUCGAUCUCGGAUCUGGCGUUGGAAAUUGUGUACUUCAAGCUGCGCUGGAGACGGGAGCAGACUCAUGGGGCUGCGAAGUCAUGGACAAUCCCAACACUUUGGCCCAGCUUCAGGCCGACGAGUUCCCUGCCCGAUGCCGGCUGUGGGGCAUCAAACCUGGUGAAGUCCACCUCAUCCACGGCAAUUUCCUGACCAACGAACAAGUCCGGCAAGUUCUUAAACGAGCAGACGUUGUCCUAGUCAACAAUCAAGCCUUCACUGCCGAAUUGAACGACAAGCUGAAGUACGUCUUCCUCGACUUGAAAGAAGGAUGCCAUAUCGUCAGCCUGAAACCCUUCCGGUCCCCAGCACACAAGAUCAAGGAUUCAAACGUGAAUGAUCCCGUCAAUGUGCUGACGGUCGUGGAGAAGGAGAGAUGGAGCUCGAUGGUCAGCUGGACAGAUGAUCCGGGGAAAUGGUAUCACCACCGCAAAGAUUCUAGGGAGCUGAACGCGUUUGUGAAGAGUAUGGGCGGGCUCGAGAACUGUUAGAAGCGAACAAUACCUCGGAGAUCCAGAGCUAUUGUCAGGUAGAGGGCAUGAUUUUGGCAUCGGGAAGGUCUUUGGUUUACUUGAGUUUGAAAUGAUCUGAUGACAACUGCAUAGCGCCGGAGUAUUGAGAGCACCAUGCUUCGGCCCCCUUAGGACGAAACGACAAACGGCUGAAAUGUGAUUCACUAAUGGCCUGGUGCCAUUGGAUAGUCUUGGAAUUAAUUCAACACUCGUUCAAAUAG